GAGAAGGAAACUCAGGAGAUGGGAAGAAAAAUAUGGUGGUUGUUCAUGAACAACGAGAUAAGACAUAUCAAAUCUUUUACACGGUAUGAAGUUAAAGAUGAAGAAGCUGCAUUGAUUUUCCCAAAAGAUCCUCCAUGGUUCAAGUUAUGGAUGGCUCCUGUGAUGAUGCUUUUUAUUUUAUUUAUCAUUGUUGUUAUAUUAAUCUGUCGACGUUGUCAAAAUUGUCGCCGUGGCGAAAAUUCUCCCAGCAUCCAUCCUAUCUCCCAGACCACCUAAUUUGUUUAGAUUUCUUCUUUCUGUCAUAUGUAAAUUUUCCAAAUUCUAAAUUCUACAGUUACACCAUA